AUGUGUUCGUUGGAGAAACGUGGUCGACUUUUCUUGCUACGGCUUACAGGCGACGGCGAACACCGUCUCAACCCCACCUUACUCGAGAGUAUCAGCUCCAACAUCAACCGAAUCCGUUCCGAUCCGUCGUCUUCGCGAUCGGUCCUCAUCACUACAGCAGAUGGGAAAUUCUUCUCUAACGGCUACGAUCUCGCCCUCACCGAAUCAGAUCCUUCUCUCCCUUCCCUCAUGGACGCUAAGCUCCGAUCCUUAGUCGCUGAUAUCAUCUCUCUUCCUAUGCCGACGAUCGCCGCCGUCACCGGUCACGCCUCCGCCGCCGGAUUUAUUCUGGCUAUGAGCCACGACUACAUACUGAUGCGUCGUGACAGAGGAUUUCUGCGAGACGUGAUGCUCACGGCGGCUAAAUUGACGGCGGAUCAGGGGUUGGAGAUGGGAAUCGUGGAGUCUGCUCACGGCGGAUCAGGGGUUGGAUAUUUCAACUGUUUACGUGAUGGCAAUGGCAAUUGA